UUUGUAAUAUAUCUUGUCUUUGAAUCCAAAUAGAAAAUAUUAAUAAAACAACUCAGCGAAGGAUUUGUGUUUUGUUUUUUUUUGGUGCAAUGAAAAAAAGUCAAGUUCCAAUAAAAGCAUAAUAAAUAAGUUUUAACAUUAAUUAAAUAAUGGAGCAGCAACAACAGAAAAGUGCUGCUCACGUUUCUAAAUUAUUUGUCUGUACAACUGUUGACUGUAAAGAUGACAUUGAAGAGAAAUUUGAGCGAGCGUUUAUUAAUCUCCAGUUGCAAAUCGGUGGACUUGAUGAAAAGGAGAUGCACGAUACAUUGUCGCAGAUCGUGUGUAAAGACAAGCAGCACGAGGAGAUUUCUAUUGGUUUUCUCUAUAUAAUGUUAACUGAUCCUGCCACAGCUCCUAAAACAUACCGAGACGUAACACUUGUAGCUAGAGAUGGAAUGAAUGGUAUAGUUGCAAACCUCACUGUGCUAGUCGCCGAGAAAUAUGCUAAGCUAACGGAUAUAGCGCGGAGACAAUUAAUAUGGGUGUUACGGGAAUUCGUUAAACAUCAAGUACUUAGUGUCGAAAACGUUAUUUGGAACUGUCUUCGACAGGCUGGCGGAGGAGAUGCGUCCCACAAAAAUCUUUUUCUUAUCGAGAGCCUUUUGGAUAUUUUUAUCGAGUAUAGAACUUGGUUAGAAGGCAAUCCAUUUCUUGUACAGUCCACCGUUUACAGUUACGUCCGCAUUAUAGAGGACCACGCCAACCCUGCAUUGAUGCCUCUCCGUCAAAAAGAAGUGAAGUUUACAAUAUCGUUGAUAAGGGAACGUUUCCAUGAUGUUAUACCUCUAGGAAGGGAUUUUGUACGCCUGUUACAGAACGUAGCCCGCAUUCCAGAAUUCGAGCAACUAUGGCGAGAUAUUCUUUAUAAUCCAAAAAGUUUACAUCCGACAUUUACCGGAAUAUGGCAGUUGCUACAAAUUCGGACAAGUAGAAGGUUUCUUCAAUGUCGUCUUUUACCAGAGAUGGAACGAAAAAUAAGCUUUUUAGCAUCGUCUGUUAAGUUUGGCAAUCAGAAAAGAUACCAAGAUUGGUUCCAGGAUAAAUAUUUCGCAACACUGGAGUCUCACAGCUUACGGUCAGACUUGAUUCGAUUUAUUAUAAAUGUAAUACAUCCAACAAAUGAUAUGCUGUGUUCAGAUAUUAUACCGCGAUGGGCCAUAAUAGGUUGGCUUAUUUCGUCGUGCACCAAUCCGAUUGCAUCAGCAAAUGCAAAGUUGUCCUUAUUUUAUGAUUGGUUGUUUUUUGAUCCUAUAAAAGAUAAUAUUAUGAACAUAGAGCCUGGGAUUCUUGUUAUGUACCACUCUAUUAGAAAUCAUCCUUUUGUCAGUAGCACGUUACUUGAUUUCCUAUGUCGAAUUACAAAAAAUUUUUGUGUUUCUCAUGAAGAUAAAAUUCGAUUGGGUGUCAAUAAUUCGUUAAAAUUGAUUCUGGAAAAGCAGGUUAUACCAAAUAUACAGCCCCUUUUUGAGUCGCCGAAGCUUGAUAGAGAACUGCGUAGUUUAAUACGGGAAAAUUUUAAAGAGUUUGUUUCACCAGCUACCAGUAUCGGUCAACCCAUUUACCCAUUAGUUUACCCAAGUCCUGUUCAAUUUUUAAAAAAAGACUGCGAUCAGCGAACGUUUCAUGGUGUACCAGAAAACGUUGAUCUAAUGGGAACUGGGCCUAACAGUAAUAAUGAAACCACCUUAUCUUUGGUAGAUGAGUGUAAUAAAAUUGCACCGACGCCAACGGACCUAGAAAUUGAAAGUGUUUUUAGCGACGAAAUGUCCGAAAAUUUGAAGAAAAUAAAUAAAAUCGACGAGAACACUGAUGACGAUGAUGACUUGCCCUUGUCAAAGGUGAGACUAAAGGAAAAACCUAAGGUUGAAUUGCACGAAUCAAUAGCUGAGUCGUUUGAAGCAUUUAUUACAAAGCGGAACUCAUAUACAUGGGAAGCAUUUUUAAAAGAUUUUCGGCCAUUACCAGCCUCUGCUUUUGAGGAGUCGCAGCUUAACUACGUGAUAUCCAAUACUGUUGCAAUUCUACGAGAGACUUUGCCGCAACAAAAUAUUUUUUCAGAGAGCAAGACUGAAGAAAAAUAUUUGGCGAAGAGUAUUAGUUACCCCUUGUAUGGACUGUUUCGAUUUCUUUAUGAAAACGACGAAAAAAGUAAAAAGCCAUUUCAAAUGUUACUUUCUGAAAUAUGCGAACGCAUACCUGAAAUUGGAUACUUGCUACUGUACUUUAUGAAAACUUAUUGCAAGCUUCAAACGCGAAAAAAUUCCCAGCAAGCAUAUCAAUUUAAAAUCAGUAUUUACCGACAAAUUUGCGAUGCGGUAGAUGAUAAGAUCGGCAAUUGCUUGGUGCGAGACCUUGAUCUGCUUGAAAGGGAAAACACUAAUAUUUUUUUGUGGCUACUUCCGGACGUAUACAGAGAGUUUAAGUCAAUAGCCACCAAUAACACAGAUCUUUUGCGAAUUACACUUCGCUGCAUAGAUGCUAAAAAUGUCCGCGAUAUCAUAUACUCGGUAGCCCAAGGAAAGCUUACAAUCUUUAAACAAGAUGGACUUAUUGAUUGUAUUAGAGAAAGUCUUGAGUUUGAGACCUACGAACAGUUUUGCCUAUGGCAAAUUGUUCAAGCUCAUGAUGUGCCAUUAAAAAGUAUUCAGGACCUACUACCAGAACUGGAAGCUGGAAGUCACCCCGAAGCAUUAAGUCACUUUCUAUUGUUGUUAAAACAUGAAGAACCAACGAAUGAAAUAAUUCGAUUAAUGCUUAGCAGAGAAGCAAAGUCAAGGGGUGAUCCCUUCGUAACCUCUUCAUUAAGAUUUUGGUGCCAACGGUACGAAGAAAAGCUGUCUGAAAUCAUUGCGUCUCUGCUGACAUCAAAAUAUCCGGGUUCAUCUCCUAACAAACGAAAACGUCCUUCUAAGGGGAAUCCCAUUGCCAGUACAACUCCCUCUGCUGAUCAAAUUUUAAACCAUCUAGAGCAUUAUAGAAGAAGUUGUAGACAUGGAACCGGUACAGGGCUUUAUGUUCAUGAUAUGAUGCAGCGCGCAUUGCAAACAGCUUACUCUCAUAGUAACGAAAGCACGAAGAAGCAGUUCAGCGAUCUUUUUGCACUGGCCGCAGAAGACGAUACUACAGCUGUUGGCCGACGCGGAGGAAGUGGCCGUGGGCGUAAGCAACCAGUCAGUAAAAAGGAAACCCUUAUUCAUAACUCAUCAAACAAAAAAAACUCGGAAAUUUCCAAAACUAUAUUCUCCUCAGAUGAAAAUUCUAGUGAGGAAGAUUGGUCAAAAAUUAAGACACAAGCGGCUAAAAAAAGGAAAAAGGCUAAUAAUGAUUCUGACUGACAUUUUAAGUUUUAUCAAUGGUUACUUGUUGGUUCGCAGAAAAACGUUUGAAAUUGAGUCAUUGGGUUUUUUAAUAAGAAAUUUAAUUAGUUUAAUACAAGUUUUAACUUAAAAAACUAAAAAUGUAGUAAGUUUAUAAAUAAAGCUAAACAAAUUAGA